UUAGAUCGAAUAUUUUAAGUUUUUCAGUUUUUAGAUCAAAAAAUUUACUGAAUGUUUAUUAGUGGAAUGGUGAAGUAGUUCAUUUGUCAACGGAAUGGUCUGGAACGUUAACAACAGUCGUGUUAGAAGUUUUACAAGUCAAUGAAAAAGUUAUUUUGUACAAAAUUAACUAGAAAUUGAAAGAAAUUAUUUGUGCUGUGUACAGUAUUAAUAGGAAGAUGGUCGAUUACAGUAAAUGGAAAGAUAUUGAAAUUUCAGACGAUGAAGAUGAAACCCAUCCAAACAUUGAUACACCUUCAUUAUUUCGAUGGAGACAUCAAGCAAGAGUGGAAAGAAUGGCAGAAAGGCAGAAAGAAAUGGAAGAAUUUGAAAAGAAAAAGAAAGAACAUGAAAAAAAAUACAAUGAAGUGAAAUCUAAAUUGUUAGAAGCAGAGAAAUCAGGAAAUGCUAGUGUAGAGGAUCUAAAAAAGCAGUUAAUGGAGCUGGAANUUUUUUAA